UAUUUUGCACGUGGAGGAGGAGUGAACAUCGAGUAGCACUGACCAACAUGUCUGGGUGUAGCGUGGAAGAGCUGCUAGCGAAAGCUGAGAAAGAAGAGGCAGAAAAACUGAAAAGUAUUACCGUCCACAAAGAGCUGGACCUGGAGUUUGACAUCGGCAACCUGCUGGCGUGUGAUAAAAACCGGAUCGAUUCCAGGGACUUAAGGGGACAGAAGAAAGAUGCCUUCCUGAGGUCUUUAGCUCGUGAUAACACACAGCUUCUCAUCAACGAGAUCUGGAAACAGCCCACGGAGAGGGUCGAGGAGGCGAUAUUGGUCAAGUUACCCGACCCGACGACCCUGCUGUGCAGAGAGAAGCCGAUUCCGAAGCCCAGACCUCCGACAAAAUGGGAGCAGUUCGCCAAACUGAAGGGAAUACAGAAGAAGAAAAAGACCAAUUUGGUUUGGGAUGAAACUGCUAAGGAGUGGAGGAGGCGUUGGGGAUACAAGCGGGCCAAAGACGACACCAAAGAGUGGCUGAUUGAGGUCCCGGAGACCGCAGACCCAAAUGAGGACCAGUUCACCAAACGCGUCAAAGCCAAGAAGGAGAGGGUGGCCAAGAACGAGCUGAACAGGCUGAAGAACAUUGCUAGGGCACAGAAAGUCAAAACCCCAGGUGUGGGGCUGACUCCCAAAUCCCAGCAGUCCAAGGACGAGCUGGCCAGGGCGGUGAGUGUGGCCAGAACCUCCACAGCAUCCGCGGGCAGGUUCCAGGACCAGCUGCCUAAAGAGAAACCACCAAAGAACACAGGCAAGAAGAGGAAGUUUGAGCCUCUCAUCGGCGACUUUUCGCGGGAGAAGCAGAAUCAUCUGGAGCUUCUGAAGAUCAUGGACAGCAAGAAGCCCAAGCUGGACAUCACCAGGGCUGUGAAUAAACAGAUGAGAGAGGAGGACAGGGAGGAGGCCGCAGCUAAGAACAAGAAGGGAGCAGGGAGGAAAGGACGCAAAGGCAAUGGAAAGGGCAAAGGGAGGGGUGGUAAGGGAAAAGCAGGUAAAGCUGGAGGAGGGAAGAAGAGGCCCAAAACUGGGAAGCGCUGACACUGUCUGUGUCUUGGUAUCAAAGCAUUGGACUGGACAUUCAUGAAGCAUGAAACGAAAUGUUUGAUUCACCUGUAAAGAUGUGCGAUGCUGUG